UAAUAUUUUUUACGGUCAGUUGUCAACGGGUCUAAAUAGCACCCCGUAUAUUGGCAUUUGGCAAACUAGCGUGUCAUGUUUUCACCUAUUUAUAAAUAGCGCACGUACUAACUGGCUAGAGUUAGGUGAAUUGGCUAGCUAACUAACAUUUACAUUUAAGUCAUUUUUUAACUAACGUUAGGUUAUUUAGUUAGCCAACCCUCUCGAACUCCAUGCCUUGAUUAUCUGUAAGUACUGGUAGCUAGCUACGUUAGUUGUCUUUUUAAAGAAUGGCGCUCUAUUUUUCAUCAAGCUAAUAGCGAUGCUAGCCAUUUUUUUGUUUUACCAUACAUACAUUAGCUCAGAUUGCUGGGUGCAUGCCUGUUUAUCCAUGUUUUCACUAACGUGUAUUAUAGAACAGUUGAUAUGUAUUUUUACAAAAUGUGUAAGUGAUACGUUGUAUCUAGCAUUUUACGUUGUGAGAAGGAUACAUCGCUACAAAGUAGCUACUGUAAUAGACUGUUUACGAGUUUAUGCUUAACGUUGACGUUACAUCUAGAAACCCCGGUAAAUGGUGGUUAUACCUUGGCGUCAGGACUCAACUUCGUGAGUCUGUUGGGACAUUCAGUGGGCUGAAAGGUUCACCUAUGUAACUACCAUGUAUAAAUGGUUCAAAUCGAAAUCUAAUAAAAUGUUGUUUGGCACAUGUGCCGAAUACAACAGUGCUAACUAAGUUACGAGCCGUUUUAGAGACGCCAAAUUGAAAUUGUAGUUUGACUGUUCUCCAAGUAUUUUAGAUUUUCAGUAACUGGUAGUGACACCAGCAACCCCAUCAGCUUGGCCAGGCAUGAGAGCUGAUAUCUGAGGAUUUAAACCACCAGCGCCACAAUGGAUGUCCCUGCCAUCAGUAACAACCUCAACCUUUCAAAUGGGGACUUGGAUCCCUCGGACACCCCUCCCACCAUGUCCAUUGACAAGCUCUUCCCAGCACUCCUGGAGUGCUUUGGGAUCAUCUUGUGUGGCUAUAUUGCUGGUCGAGCGAACAUCAUCACAUCCACACAGGCCAAAGGAUUGGGGAACUUUGUGUCCAAGUUUGCCCUCCCAGCAUUGCUCUUUAAGAACAUGGUACUCUUGGACUUUGGGAAUGUCAUCUGGCCAUUUUUGUGGAGUAUUCUCAUUGCCAAGGUGUCUGUGUUUUUCAUUGUGUGUGUGAUUACACUACUGGUUGCCAGUCCUGACACUCGCUUCAGCAAAGCUGGCCUAUUCUCCAUCUUUGCUACUCAAAGCAAUGACUUUGCUUUGGGAUACCCGAUUGUUGAGGCCUUGUACAAGAACACACACCCAGAGUAUCUACAGUACAUUUACCUGGUAGCACCAGUGUCCCUCAUGCUUCUCAACCCCAUUGGGUUUGCCUUCUGUGAGAUCCAGAAGUGGAGGGAUCAGAGAGACCGGCAGCAGAGCAAACUCCAGAUAGUGGGUGUGGUCAUCCUGCAGGUUCUGAAGAACCCCAUGGUCUUCAUGGUUGUUAUUGGCAUUAUCUUCCACUUCAUCCUGGAUCAGAAGAUCCCUGCUUUCAUGGAGCAGUUUGUGGACGGCCUGGCCAACUCUUUUGGAGGAGCAGCUCUGUUCUACUUGGGCCUCUCCAUGGUGGGCCAGUUGGGGAAGCUCACCAGGUCCACGGUUGUAGCCCUUAUCCUGCUCAUCACAGCAAAACUGUUGGUGAUGCCGUUGAUCUGUCGAGAGACUGUGGAGCUGCUGGACGCUGACAACACCAGCUCUAGUCUCGAACACUCCAGUCUCUCCAACUAUGCCUUCCUCUAUGGAGUCUUCCCUAGUGCCCCCAGUGUGGCCAUCUAUGCUGCUCACUAUAACAUGGAGCUACAAGUUGUUACCUCAGGGAUGGUAAUAAGCACGUUUCUCUCAGCUCCCAUUAUGUAUGUUUCUGCUUGGUUGCUGACAAUACCAUGGAUGGACCCUAAGCCAUUGAUGGAUUCUCUGCAGAAUGUCAGCUUUAAUGUCAGCAUCAUCAGCUUAGUUGCACUGGCUUGGACAGUUACUGUCAUGUUCCUGAGUAAGAAAUUUAAGAGACUACCUCACAUGUUCACCGUCAACCUGUUCUUGGCACAGAUUCUAACUUGUGUUAGCAUGGUCAUGUGGAACUUUGUCGUGAGACAAGACCGCUUCAUUGGACACGUGUUGACAUUCACACUGUUGUACGGCUCACUGUACAGUACUUAUGUAUGGCCAGGUCUGAUAGCACUUUCCCUUGUGUUGAUGAAGAGAGGUGGUGAGCUGAAGGUUGCGCCAGGCUUCCUGGUGAUUGCAGGCUGGGGAGUCCCAGCCCUUGUGGCAGCAGUGCUCCUCGUAACUGGGGAGAGGAUGCCCGACACCAUCGAUUCGGCUUUCUUUUAUGGAAGACCGCAGAUCAUCUGCACCUCUGUUGUGCUUGCCUUCAGCAUAGUGCUGGGCGGGUGCUCUUUGGUGGGCCUCCGUCGAGGCACGUGGGACUCAAUGUACCAUGUCCUGGAGAGAGACUCUAUGCUAGGCACUAUUGAGGAUCUGAGGCUCCCGACUGGCCCAGAUACCCAAACUAUCCCAGAUAUCCGUGACAUGUUUGAGCCAGCCGGAACUGGAAGCAUCAACAUCGGACCGUGUGAGACUGGCUGUGAGUCGCCAGGCUGUCUACUGGCCCAGGAGGAGCAGCAGGUGGCUGACAGACAGGUGGCCCGCCAUGUGCUCUUAUGCCUGCUACUGAUCGUCAGCCUACUAGCUAACCUGUCCAGCUGUCUGUGGUGGCUCUUUAGUCGAGUUCCUGGGAGACUUUACUUAGAGCUGCAGUUCUUCUGUGCUGUGGUCAACUAUGGACAGGGCUUCAUCUCGUUCGGGCUUUUUGGGCUGGACAAACAUUUGAUAAUACUGCCAUUUAAAAAGAAGAUAUCCUGUCUGUGGCAUAGAAGGAAGCCAGAAGAGCAGCCUCAACUGGUUGUAUCUGAUGACAUCAUGAUGACCUGCACUCAGUUCAUCAGAUACCACAAAGAGCAGUGUGUCCGGGACAUUGUCCAGCAGAAGAGGUGUGGGGAGAGGACAGUGGCGGACACUUUUCUUGGCAGUGAGCUGGUAGAGUGGCUGUUGCAGGUGGGUCUGUCACAGGACCGAGGAGAGGCGCUGCUCUAUGGGAUCCGGCUGCAGCAGGGUGGGGUGCUCCAGCACAUCACCCAGGAGUAUGGCUUCAAAGAUGACAACCUGCACUACUGCUUCACAGCAUAAGGUGGGCCCUGGUUAGGCCCAGUCUCUGUUUUCCAGAGGCACAAGAUGAAAAAGAGAUCGGCUAUCUACCAGACCUGAAUCUAGGUCGCUACCUACAUAACACUAGCAGUAUUGGUUGACUUGAAGAGUCUGCUGAUUUAAAAAAAAAUAAUAAUGCUUUUAUUGUUUUGCACAUUGAAAUAUGCAUCAUAACAAGCAUUGAGCACUUGUUAGUUUUCUUUUAAACUGCCUAUGUUUUUGUGGGGGUUUUGUAUGGUACUUUAUGCAUAACGAGAUUUAAGUUGUCAAAGAGGCAGAGGUAAUAAUGAUCGGCCCAAAUUACUGAUGUCAAAUAUCUUGCAUUAUCGUCUCAAGUUAUACAGACCAGCUUGUAUCCCCUUGAUGACACUCAUAUACCAUAAGGCUCAGAUUUGUAUUUAUUUAGUUUGGAUGACGAAUGGUAUUUGUCAGGUAUUGAAAAUGCAAGUCUGUAAUGGGCCUCUCGAGUGGUGCAGAGUUCCAAUGCACUGCAUCACUACAGACCCGGGUUCGAUCCCGGGCUCUAUCGUAACCGGCCGUGAUCGGGAGUCCCAUAGGGUGGCGCACAAUUGGCCCAGCGUUGUCCGGGUUAGGGGAGGGUUUGGCCGGGGGCUUUACAAAUAGGCCGUCAUUGUAAAUAAUUUGCUCUUACCUGACUUGUCUAGUUAAAUAAACAAAUAAAAUGCAUGUCGCUGUGUAUUCUAAAUACACUUAAUUUGGCCAUAAUUUAUAACUUAAAAUAGAUAUGGCAGCUAGAUCUAUUUUGAAUAUAUUUGAAUAAUGUAGACAGAAUGGUGUCAAAUUUUAUGGAUGCUGAAUUUUAUUGUUUGAAUUCUCUGUCCGUUUGUACAUUGUUAGUCACACGCGAUAUCUCGGACACCAUUGGGUGAUUUUGACGAAACUUGGAUGAAUGAUGCAUCUUGCCAUAGAGACCUGGCAUUUAAAAAAGGGGCCCAAAGGAGGCUCUGUAGUAAUCAACUGAGAACUUUGAACAAACAUAUCUCCUGUCCCAUCAUUUUGUACAUGCAGUGCCUUCAGAAAGUAUUCAGACCCCUUGAUUUUUUCCCCCACAUUUUAAGUUAGCCUUAUUCUAAAAUGAAUUAAAUAAAACAAUUUCCUCAGCAAUCUACACACAGUACCCCAUAAUGACUAAGCGAAAACAGAUUUUUUAACUGUAUUAAAAUUAAACCGAAAUACCUUUAUUUACAUAAGUAUUCAGACCCUUUGCUAUCAGACUCGAAAUUGAGCUCACAUGCAUCCUGUUUCCAUUGUUCAUCCUUGAGAUGCUUCUACAACUUGAUCGGAGUCCACCUGUGGUAAAUUCAAUUGAUUGGACAUGAUUUGGAAAUACACACCUGUCUAUAUAAGGUCCCACAGUUGACAGUGCAUGUCAGAGCCAAAACCAAGCCAUGAGAUUGAAGGAAUUGUCCAUAGAGCUCCAAGGCAGGAUUGUGUCGAGGCACAGAUCUGGGGAAGAGUACCAAAAAAUGUAUGCAGCAUUGAAGGUCCCUAAGAACACAUCCAUCAUUCUUAAAUGGAAGAAGUUUGGAACCACAAAGGCACUUCCUAGAGCUGGCUGUCUGGCCAAACUGAGCGAUGGGGAAAAAGGGCCUUGGUCAGGGAGGUGACCAAGAACUCGAUGGUCACUCUGACAGAGCUCUAGAGUUUUUCUGUGGAGAUGGGAGAACCUUCCAGAAGGACAACCAUCUUGAUUGAGGUGGAAAGAACUUUCAUCAAUUUUAGAAUAAGGCUGUAACAAAAUGUGGAAAAAGUCAAGGGGUCUGAAUACUUUCUGAAGGCACUGUUGUAUAUGCCGCCCCUCAUGAGCAACAUGUUUCCCAUAAGGACCUAAACUCAGCAAAAAAAGAAACGUCCUCUCACUGUCAACUGCGUUUAUUUUCAGCAAACUUAACGUGUAAAUAUUUGUAUGAACAUAACAUUCAAAAACUGAGACAUAAAAUGAAAAAGUUCCACAGACAUGUGACUAACAGAAAUGGAAUAAUGUGUCCCUGAACAAAGGGGGGGUUAAAAUCAAAAGUAACAGUCAGUAUCUGGUGUGGCCAACAGCUGCAUUAAGUACUGCAGUGCAUCUCCUCAUGGACUGCACAAGAUUUGCCAGUUCUUGCUGUGAGAUGUUACCCCACUCUUCCACCAAGGCACCUGCAAGUUCCAGGACAUUUCUGGGGGGGAAUGGCCCUAGCCCUCACCCUCUGAUCCAACAGGUCCCAGACGUGCUCAAUGGGAUUGAUUGCCUGCAAUGACAACAUGAUGCUGUGACACACCGCCCCAGACCAUGACGGACCCUCCACCUCCAAAUCGAUCCCGCUCCAGAGUACAUGCCUCGAUGUAACGCUCAUUCCUUCGAUGAUAAACGCGAAUCCGACCAUCACCCCUGGUGAGACAAAACCACGACUCGUCAGUGAAGAGCACUUUUUGCCAGUCCUGUCUGGUCCAGCGACGGUGGGUUUGUGCCCGUAGGCAACGUUGUUGCUGGCGAUGUCUGGUGAGGACCUGCCUUACAACAGGCCUACAAGCCCUCAGCCUAUUGCGGACAGUCUGAGCAAUGAUGGAGCGAUUGUGCAUUCCUGGUGUGUCUUGCAGGUGUGAUGUUCGAAUGUAACGAUCCUGUGCAUGUGUUGUUACACGUGGUCUGCCACCUCGAGGAUGAUCAGAUGUCUGUUCUGUUUCCCUGUAGCGCUGUCUUUAGGUGUCUCACAGUAUGGACAUUGCAAUUUAUUGCCCUGGCCACAUCUGCAGUCCUCAUGCCUCCUCGCAGCAUGCCUAAGGCACGUUUGCGCAGAUGUGCAGGGACCCUGGGCAUCUUUAUUUUGGUGUUUUUCAGAGUCCGUAGAAAGGCCUCUAGUGUCCUAAGUGUUCCUAACUGUGACCUUAAUUGCCUACCGUCUGUAAGCUGUUAGUGUCUUAACGACCGUUCCACAGGUGCAUGUUCGUUAAUUGUUCAUUGAACAAGCAUGGGAAACAGUGUUUAAACCCUUUACAAUGAAGAUCUGUGAAGUUAUUUGGAUUUUUACGAAUGAUCUUUGAAAGACCGGGCCUGAAAAAGGGACGUUUAUUUUUUUUGCUGAGUUUAUAAGCUCCGCCCAUUCAAUAUUUUUAUUUUUUUCUGCAUCAUUCAUGGGGACAACAUGUUUACUGAUGCCUUGUUAACUUAUUUGAAUGAUUCUUGGCUAAAAAAAAUAUAUAUAUUGUUUGUUUUUUAAAUACACAACUAUAAUUCCCAUUUGUUUUAGGUUUGUGGAGAGUACAAUACCGACUGUGCCAGAUUAAAUGCAAUAUUCUUUAUUAUUGGAGUUAUUUUGGAGUCAUGUUACUUUUUCCUUAAUGGGAUUGUGCUUAUUACUGUUGCUAAUAAGGUAAUUGAGCCAUGUAUUCACCUUGUUUGGCAUUAUGAAUGUUUGAAUGUCACUUGACUAAAAGAGAAUGUACGGUAUCAUGCACUUUGAAGCUAACUAGUGCUGCAUGUUCUUCUAUGAUUCCCAGACUGUUUUUUUAACAAAUAAACUGCUGUAUUGCA